AUGCUCGUCCCCGGAAAUAUAUCGAGAGCUUACGACCCAGUUUCUCCCGGAUCCCCGUACAGCCGAGCGAGUGUACAUGGCCAACACGCCGAGAGAGCAGAAAUAUGCUUGAUCGUUUUCUACAGGAGAUCGGCACACAUCAAACCCGUGAUGAGCAGCGGAGUUUUCCGGGGAAUUUUCUGGGGAAAGGAUUUUCUUAGGGAAGGUGCUGCGGAUUUUGAGCGCUAGACUAUUUGCCGUGGGUGCUUGGAAGCACGCACACGUCGUUGUCCCCCCACACCUCCAUUACUUUUUCUCCGACAUUUUCGAUCUAAACGUACCUGCCUGUGUGUGUGCACUGCUGCUGAACUUUGGCCGGUAUGGACGACAUCACCAAGACGCGGUUGAAGAGCAUGCCCAUGCCCAUGAAGGCUGUGACUCUAGCAUUUGUACAGGACUCCCCGCCGUGUUGCUGCGGCCCCCCGUGCCGCGGCCCCCAGGCGAGGGUCGGGGGGGAUACCAAAGCGGCGCACGGGGCAUCGAUCGCCAUCUUCGCCAUCCACGCCAUCGCUCUGCUUAUUGGCUGCUACGUAUGGGGAGAUUGGACCACGGUGCUGAUUAUCAACUUGGACGCCAAUCUCGCUGGGGUUUUUACGAGUAUCUUUGUGCUGUGCGCCCCCUCAAAGUUCGUGUACGUUUCCUGUGCUGUUUUGUACGGCGUGACGGGACUACUCGACAUGAUUCUCGUGGCGGCGUGGUUCAACUGCGAGUAUAUCGAUGCCAACGCCGGAAUUUUGACCCUGCUGGCUAUGCCGCAUAUGGUUGCGAGCUUUUCCUGCUUCCUCGGAUGCGCGUGGGCGUUGAAGGUUUUCCAUAACUUCGACAGGGAUGGCGACCCGCGUUUGCCCGAGGCUUCAGACCUCUUUUUGGCAUGACCUCACACAUAGUAUAUCAUCUGAGCUCCUCUGUCUCCGCCGCAGCCCAUCAUCAUAUCUUCCUCAAAGACGACAAUUUUGAUUCUACCGUCUUGGAAUUCGGAAUGGUACCAACAACGUUUGGGCUCGUUGUACAAAAUAGGGAAAUAGCAGGAAAUACAAGCGCGAGGCAUGUGCCUCUGUUUCGAGCGGAUGGUUGCAGGGCUAGUCGGGUCUUGGCGUAGUCUAUAGAACUUAAUGUUCUCAUUUUACAUAGAAUUAUUUCUCCAUAUACACACGCAUAGUCGGCGUCUUACAACGUCGUGAGGCAGUGCCCAGGGUCUGUUGUGCCCUCCCCACCCUCAUGGCUCGAGUGUUCGUUUUCGAUGUAUAUCGUGUGGAGUAUGCAAGGGGGGCUGCUAGCUAACAUAGCAAAAUGUGACGGAGGAGUACAGGGCUCGAAUCUACGGAGAUCGUAUUCGGUAGAUUGCGGGAGAACGGUAGAACGAUCGCUUCUACUUCCUUCAUGGUUGAUUUCCUCGGCUUAUCUAGGUGUGAUGGAGAUCGUUUCGAUGGACUGACGGAUGAAUGCGAUGGUAACGUGGUAUGGCGUGGUGCUCUUACCACACUUAUCCUCUUACUGGAGACUUCGACAAUGUACGCGAUGUUUCAAUCUCGGCCCGCCUUUGCCGAGCUGCCUGUCUUCACACCCACAAUCUUUGGUGUUGACAAGGAAGGUUGGUUCUACUUGGCUGAGCGCGGUCACCAAAGAAUGAGCUAACC